AUGGUGAAGCAAAUUAGGAGCAAGGUUGCUUUUCAGGAAGGCUCAGAGGCUGCAGGUGAUAAACUUGUCAUAGUUGACUUCUCAGCCAUGUGGUGUGGGCCUUGCAAAAAGAUCAAGCUUUUCUUUCAUUCCCUCUCUGAAAAGUAUUCCAACAUGGUAUUCUUUGAAGUACAUGUGGCUGACUGUCAGGAUGUUGCUUCAGAAUGUGAAGCCAAAUGCAUGCCAACCUUCCAGUUUUUUGUUAAGGGACAAAAGGUGGGUGAAUUUUCUGGAGCUAAUAAGGAAAAGCUUGAAGCCACCAUUAAUGAAUUAGUCUAAUCAUGGUUUCUGAAAACAUAACCAGCCAUUGGCUAUUUAAAACUUGUAAUUAUUUUUAUUUACAUAAAGUAUGGAGACUAUAAACCCAACUGCCAUCUGGAUGACAAUAAAAUAUGAAUUCUACCCUUUUUUUAAAAAAAAAAAAAAAAAGAAAAAAAGAGGGUACCAGAAACAGACCCAGAGAUGACUGGGGUCUGGGAGGAGGAAGCUGGAGAACCGGUGAGUGUGAACAGUAUGCAUCAGUCAGGGUUCGCCAGAGAAACAAAAUACACAUAUACAGUGCUUGUUUGGUGGGGAUGUGUAUGUGUGUGUGGGUUUAAUUUUUAUUAUAAAUAGAGAUGGGGUUUUGCCAUUUUUCCCAAGCUUGUCUUGAACUCCUGGGCUCAAGCAAUCCACCCUCCUCGGUCUCCCAAAGUGCUGGGAUUACAGGCAUAAGCCACCGCACCCAGCCAUGUGUAUAUUUCUUUUUAAGGAAUUGGCUCACAUGAUUGUGGGGACAGACAAGUUGGAAAGCUGUAGGGCAGGGCAGGGCAGGACAGCAGGCUAGAAACUCAGCCAAGGCAGAUGCUGUAGUCUUGAGGCAGAAUUUCUUCUCCUCCGGGAGAAGUCAACUGAUGGUAGAUGUUAACCAAGUCUGCAGAAUAUCUACUCAGCAGCAUCUAGUGUUGGAGUUAAAUAGCUGGGUGCUAUGGUCCAGCCAAGGUGCCGCCUGAAACACCCUCACGUGGUGGGAAGAGUGGUGGUUGAGGAAGGAACCCUGGAGACCUUGAUGUUGAAGACAGGGCAAGGGAAGAGGGUGAGUCAGAGCCUGCUGCGGAGGAGAGCUGGAGACAUUGCAUAACACCGGUGACAGUGUGCCCACAGAAGUGGUUUCGGUAGGUGUGGGUGCAGGAAUGGAUGGCUGUGGGUGGAUCAGGACAUGGGAGGUGAGGGGACUUAGCUGGCUCUUCCACGACAUGUGAUCAGAAAGUGGGGGUGGUGAGCUCGGGGUGGUGACCCGGGCGUGGUGGCUCACAACUGUAAUCCCAGCACUUUGGGAAGCCAAAGCGGGUGGAUCACUUGAGGUCAGGAGUUCAAGACCAGCCUGGCCGACAUGGUGAAACCCCAUCUCUACUAAAAAUACAAAAUUUAGCUGGGUGUGGUGGCGCAUGUCUGUAAUCUCAGCUACUCGGGAGGCUGAGGUGGGAAAACUGCUUGAACUUGGGAGGCAGAGGUUACAGUGAGCCGAAAUUGUACUACUUCACUCCAGCCUGGGCAAAAGAGCGAUACCCUGUCUCAAAAAAAAAAGAAAAAAAGUGGGGGCAGGGGGUAAAGUGAGGAGGAAGAGUUUCUUUUUGGUUUGUAUUU